UCUCUCUCUCUCUCUCGCUCUCCACAUUCCCCGUUAACUUCCCCCCCCGGUAGUAACCGUUUCUGAUUCUUCGCGUUCACAAUCCGAUUCUCUACAGUGAUUGGAAUUCUGAUCAAUGCAAGCCAACGUCGCCGCCGCUCGCCGGUGAUUCUUUCUUCUUUCGUCGAAGCAGGAUCAAGAAAGCAUUCUUUGAGAACGUCCGGUAGGCAAGGUGUUUGCUAGAUUGCGUCAAUGGCCGUCUGAAGACCCGCAUAAGAGAAAGCUUCGUCUCGAGUCGUGAUCAAGUGAGCGCUCGGGAAAGGCGAAAUAACCGUUCGCGACUGUGUUUUCGCGCUCGGACGGCCUGCAGGGAAGGUGUUUGCUUUAUUGUGUCAAUGGCCGUCUGAAUUCUAGCAGAGUCUGAUAACAACUAACGUCUCUACAGGAAACAAAGCGCAUGCCAGGGAAUAAUUACUGUCCGAGUCCUACCACGCCGAGAACAAGACUAGAGAGGCUUCUGAGGGACAGAGAGCUUCGGAAAUCCAGCCGAGUUUCCACUCCCUCUGAGGAGAUAGGAGAUACUCUAUCGGAAGCCGAUUUCUUCUCCCAGGAUUCCAUUUUAUCUUGCCAACUAAGCGACGAGCAGCAGGAUUUUGAAGGGUUGUUGGAAGGUUCUCCUCCGCAAGAUGUGCGGCCUCGUAAACAAAGAUUGCUGGUCGUUGCCAACAGGCUCCCCGUUUCUGCCACUCGGAUGGCUGAUGAUGCGUGGCAUCUUGAGAUCAGUGUGGGCGGCUUAGUCAGUGCACUUUUGGGGGUGAAGGAGUUUGAUGCCAGGUGGAUUGGCUGGGCCGGUGUGCACGUACCUGAUGAAAGUGGACAGAAGGCACUAACUGAAGCAUUGGCCAAAAAGAGGUGCAUCCCUGUUUUCCUUGAUGAAGAUACUGUUCACCAGUACUACAAUGGCUACUGCAACAAUGUCCUGUGGCCUCUUUUCCAUUAUCUGGGUCUUCCCCAAGAAGACAGACUCUCGACGACCCGUAGUUUCCAGUCCCAGUUUGAUGCCUACAAGAGGGCGAAUCACAUGUUUGCUGAUGUUGUGAACGAACAUUAUGAGGAGGGAGAUGUCGUUUGGUGCCAUGAUUACCAUCUGAUGUUUCUCCCCAAGUGCUUAAAAGAGCACAACAGCAAAAUGAAGGUUGGGUGGUUUCUCCACACGCCUUUUCCUUCAUCGGAGAUACAUAGGAUGCUGCCAUCACGUUCAGAUCUCCUGCGAUCCGUUCUUGCUGCUGAUUUGGUUGGGUUCCACACUUAUGAUUACGCAAGGCACUUUGUCAGUGCAUGUACUCGCAUCCUGGGGCUUGAGGGGACACCUGAAGGAGUAGAAGAUCAGGGGAGGCUUACUCGUGUUGCAGCGUUCCCUAUUGGGAUAGAUUCAGAUAGAUUCAUCCGAGCUCUAGAGCUUCCGAAAGUCAAGGAGAGUAUGAAAGAUCUGAAAGAAAGAUUUGCUGGCAGAAAGUUAAUGUUAGGUGUUGAUCGUCUUGAUAUGAUCAAAGGGAUACCCCAAAAGAUUUUGGCAUUUGAGGCUUUUCUGGAGGAAAAUCCACAAUGGCGUGAAAAAGUAGUGCUUCUGCAAAUUGCUGUGCCCACAAGAACAGAUGUUCCUGAGUAUCAAAAGCUUACAAGCCAAGUUCAUGAGAUUGUUGGACGCAUCAACGGAAAAUUUGGGACCCUUACUAGUGUUCCAAUUCACCAUCUGGAUCGAUCACUUGACUUUACGGCUCUAUGUGCACUAUACGCUGUUACUGAUGUGGCACUUGUUACGUCAUUAAGGGACGGAAUGAAUCUUGUCAGCUAUGAGUUCGUUGCCUGCCAGGCUGCCAAGAAAGGGGUCCUCAUUUUAAGUGAGUUUGCAGGAGCAGCACAGUCUCUUGGAGCUGGAGCACUUUUGGUCAACCCAUGGAAUAUCUCAGACGUUGCUACAUCGAUUCGUUAUGCUCUGAAUAUGUCAGAAGAUGAAAGAGAGAAGAGAUUCCACCACAACUUCAUGCAUGUGACGACUCAUACAUCACAAGAGUGGGCUGCAACCUUCGUCAGUGAACUGAACGACACCGUGGUUGAAGCACAGCUAAGGACAAGGCAAGUGCUUCCGGUCCUUCCAAUCGACACUGCAGUUUCCCGCUACACCUGCUCCCACAAUCGCUUGCUUAUACUGGGGUUUAAUGGAAGUUUAACCGAACCAGUAGACUCUUCUGGUAGAAGAGGUGGUCAAAUUAGAGAGCUGGAACCUAGACUGAACCCUGAACUGAAAGAACCUUUGAAGAAGCUAUGUGGUGAUGAAAAGACGACUGUCAUUGUCCUCAGCGGAAGUGAUCGAUCAGUCCUAGAUAAUAACUUCGAGGAAUUCAAUAUGUGGUUAGCAGCAGAGAAUGGGAUGUUCUUACGCCUUACGAGUGGAGACUGGAUGACAACAAUGCCUGAAAAUCUCAACAUGGACUGGGUUGACAGCGUAAAGCAUGUUUUCGAGUAUUUUACAGAAAGGACGCCUCGAUCCCAUUUCGAGCUCCGUGAAACUUCACUAGUAUGGAACUACAAGUACGCAGAUGUUGAGUUUGGAAGGCUGCAAGCGAGAGACUUGCUGCAGCAUCUAUGGACCGGCCCAAUCUCAAAUGCUGCCCUUGAUGUCGUCCAUGGAGGCCGUUCGGUGGAGGUUCGAGCUGUUGGUGUUACAAAGGGAGCAGCCAUUGAUCGCAUUCUUGGGGAAAUAGUGCAUAACAAAAACAUGAAGGCACCCAUUGACUACGUCCUCUGCAUCGGCCAUUUCCUCAACAAGGAUGAAGACAUUUACUCAUUUUUCGAGCCGGAGCUGCCGGCGAUGACACAUAUGUCGUCACGGGCCACUUCCCCUGACCCUUACGGCUACGCUAGCCGGGGGUCCAAGCCCAAGUUGCCAGGAAGCAGAACACCCAAAUCACAGGCCCACUUGAUGAAGCAGCGGUCAUUGUCAACCCUGGAGAGAAGUAAUUUUGGGACGUCCAGUUGGCGGCAGCUGGGCAGAGACGACAGAGCCUCGUCGGCGUCGGCAGAUGGUGCGGCGGCGGCGGCGUCGUCAUCGUCAUCGUCUCGCGGCCAUGAGGGUUCUUCCGUCCUGGAUCUGAAGGGCGAGAACUACUUCUCCUGUGCUGUAUCCAAGAAGCGAACCAACGCCAGGUAUCUGCUUCGGUCUUCCAGCGACGUCGUGGAGCUACUGAAGGAGCUCGCUGAUACGGUGCCGUAGCCAUGUGGUGGGAUGGUUUAAGUUUUGGAUUUUCGGCUUCGCAUCGAAUGUAUGUGUUACAAUAUUACAGAUCCAUUUUAGGUUAGGUCAUCUGAUAAUGUCGUUUACAUUCACUGCCUGGCAAAAUGGUUUUGACACCAAGUAGAAUAGAAUCUUCGAAAAUUU